AUACCCUCGAAUUCCAGUUGGAAUUUUCAUCUGCAUCAUGGGAGAGCACCUGAAGCAUCCGGCUUACAUUUUCGUUAUCUCUCCAACAUUCCACGGGCGGCGUUCGUUCAAGUGAGGCAACUCCAGCGGGUGCCAACAGAGGUCGGACCCAUGUCGGCAAGCCUCGCGGAAAGUGCAAUACCCCAAAACUGCUGAGCGCGAUAUAAAAAAAUCAUUUCAAUCCAAAAACGCCUAUAGACAUAGUCGAAGGAACAGAUUUUUCUUGACAAUCAGGAGGGUCAACAGUUACUAGGCUUGUCAUUGGUUCAUAGAAGAGCUACAGUCGGUGGCAUCCCUACGCAAGUUCAGGGUAUCAAAUGGGGAAAGACUCAGAGAAAAGAGGGUAAAGCUCGGUCAUCGCAAAGCGUUUGAAUUAGUAACCAUGAUGAGUUCGGAGGACAUAUCUGGCUCAUUGCACUUUCAGUGUGCGCUUAUGACGUGGCUCGAACGGAAUCAAGCUAUAAUUGUCGUUAUUACUUCCUCGUAUGCUAACCACACAGGGCUGCGUCUUACAAUACACGCGCAUCGGUGUCUCACGCCUUUCAGGAGGAAAAGAAUAGCACACCUACGAAGAUCCGAAUGGCUAUUUAUCUGAAAAAAUGCAUCGGCAUUCCGGUCAGGUCGUUGCUGAAAAUGGUUGACCUCAAUUCCGCCGCACAAUGCCUGGUGUCUUUUCCUACUUAAACUCGACAAGUAGGACUUACCCUCACUGGCUGCGGAAUGUCUUCUCCUGCAGAAAAGUCUACUCCUUUCGCUAGCGAUUUCUCUGUCCUCGCGGCGAGCCCUGCUCCUGAUCGAAGCAGGCGUAUUGCUCGUACAGAAGAAUAUCCCAAGGAAGUGUGGUAUUUUCUCGCCUCUUUCGUCUGCUUCCUUCUUGUUUGUCGAGGCUUGUCAUGGGCUUUUAAGAAAGUUCGAAAGUAUGGCUCCGCUCAGCUGAAGCCUGACCAAGAGAUCGACACUUUAUACUACAAAACAGUCAUUCGAUGGAGACGACUACCAUCUGCAAUAAUGAAUUUCUACCGUAUCCUCGCCUUUCGCCUCGUGUUCAUGGUCGGAGGAUAUUCCCUGAAUCUGGCAGAGGUGGCAUUGACGCUCCUGUACAUCGUCGUGCUAUUCACUUGGGCCUUCGUCAACACCACCAAUUUAUCUGGGAUAAAGCUGGACCCUAACUACUGGAGCAAUCGCUGUGGUGCUCUCGUUGCAAGUCAGCUACCACUGAUCACGGCCUUGGGGACCAAGAAUAGUGUGUUCUCUCUCAUCACUGGGAUCAGCUUUGAAAAGCUUAACUAUCUUCACCGCAUGGCUGCUCGUGUCGUCUUUGUGCUAUUGUGUGUACAUGUUGGGUCGAAGUCAGAAGGAAUGCAUAUGAAUUAUCUUUAUACAGUCACGCUGUACUGGAUUCUUCUCAUCGGGGCGUACCUUCACACGCGGGCUUUCCAUUUCGAUGCGUAUGUAUGGCCUUCCUUCGUGGUCUGGGGUUUAGACCGUUUGACACGAGUCAUUCGACUGCUGGUUUUCAACGGUUUUGAAGCGCGCACAGAAGUGCUAGACGCUAGUGUAGAGCUGAUCUCUGCGAAACUUGUCCGUCUCACGGUCAAGCGUCCACCCCACUUUCGCUGGUCUCCAGGUCAGACAGCGUUCCUGGUCAUUCCCAGCGUCUCCGCCCUUCCAUUCGAGGCGCACCCGUUCACUAUCGCGAGUUAUGACUCUGGACUUGAGUACAGUAAACUGGCGGCGAGUUCGUUGAUCACAGACUCCAGUUCCAAACAUGAAGCGAAGGAUUCGGAGGUUACCGCUUCCCCUCUGUCAUUUUGGAAGGAGCUCGUUUUCCUGGUGAACGUACGCGAGGGACUGACAAGACGACUUGCGGAACGAGCGUCGGAGACGGACACAAUCAGAAUAUAUGUUGACGGACCGUAUGGAUCAUCUCCUGACGUUAUAUCCUACGAUACAUCCGUCUUGGUUGCAGGUGGUUCUGGGGUGUCUUUUACCGUUCCGCUGUUUUUGAACACUAUUGAGCAAGUCCGUAAGGGGAAAAGCCGCUGCAGACGGGUUAUCUUUUUAUGGUGCAUCCGCAGCUCAGACGACUUGCAAUGGAUUUCUGAGCCGUUGUACAAUGCUCUUCUACUGGCGCCGUCAGGCCUUGAGAUAGUUAUCGACAUCUUCAUAACUAGGUUCAACGCAGAGAUGCCGUCACUGACUUCAAAUUCUGGCGGAACAGCCACUCCGGACGAGUCCUCUCUUUCAUCGUCAAAGAAAGACCUUUCUCAAGAUCUGAACAAUUCUACUUCGAGUCUCCUGGCUCUGGGUGUUGUCAGAACAUUCAAUGGCAGGCCAGAUUUAUCUGCCUAUCUUCAAGAACAGGCGGAGCUUGCGGGAGAUGGACAUAUGGGUGUCGCCGUUUGUGGAUCUCAAUCCAUCGCGAAUGCCGUACGGAAAGGUCUUUCUUUCUCCGUCGCGGGCCCUCAUAGAGUUCUCAGAGGUGGUGUGAGCGUUACCUUACACGUAGAAACCUUUGGGUAUGCGUGA